UAAUGCUGGGAGAGGCAGAGGCGAGGGAAAUCUCAAAGUAGAGUGCAAAGUCUAAAAUUCAGUACUGAGGAUUGCGGUUCACUUUCUUUGGUUGAAAACUGAUUCGUGUGGUCUCUAUCAGCUUGGCCGAGGACUUGUGCCGUCUUCGGAGUAACUAACAGCACUCCCAGGUUUAUUCCUCUGCUGCUCCUCGGUCAGAACCACCCAGCCGACCCGGGUCAGCACUGCUCCAGUCCAGGGCCCGAGCCCGCUACAGAGACACCCUCUGUCUGAGUCGCUCACCAUGGCAGGUGCCGGUGGUGGGAACAGUGAUGUGCAGUGGUGCUUUUCCCAAGUCAAAGGAGCGAUAGACGAUGAUGUCGCUGAAGCUGACAUCAUAUCUACUGUUGAAUUCAACCACUCUGGGGAGCUACUAGCCACUGGGGACAAGGGGGGUCGUGUUGUCAUCUUCCAGCAGGAGCCAGAGAGCAAGAAUCAGCCACAGUGUCGAGGAGAAUACAAUGUUUACAGCACCUUCCAGAGCCACGAGCCUGAGUUCGACUACCUGAAAAGCCUUGAGAUUGAGGAGAAGAUCAACAAGAUUCGAUGGCUGCCCCAGAAGAACGCAGCACAGUUCCUGCUGUCUACAAAUGACAAAACCAUAAAGCUUUGGAAAAUUAGUGAGCGUGACAAGAGACCAGAGGGCUACAAUUUGAAAGAAGAAGAUGGGCGAUACAGAGAUUUCAAUACUGUCACAACACUACGGGUCCCAGUAUUCAGGCCCAUGGACUUGAUGGUGGAAGCCAGCCCUAGACGAGUGUUUGCAAAUGCUCACACCUACCAUAUCAACUCCAUCUCAGUCAACAGUGACUGUGAGACCUACCUGUCUGCAGACGACCUGCGUAUUAACCUCUGGAAUCUGGAGAUCACUGAUCGCAGCUUUAACAUUGUUGACAUUAAACCAGCCAAUAUGGAGGAGUUGACGGAGGUGAUCACAGCAGCAGAGUUCCACCCCAACCAAUGCAACACUUUUGUCUACAGCAGCAGCAAGGGCACCAUUCGCCUGUGUGACAUGAGGGCGUCAGCACUGUGCGACAAGCACGCCAAACUGUUUGAAGAGCCAGAGGAUCCAAACAACCGUUCGUUCUUUUCUGAAAUCAUCUCAUCCAUCUCUGAUGUAAAGUUCAGCCACAGUGGACGCUAUAUGAUGACCCGCGAUUACCUGUCCGUCAAAAUUUGGGAUCUCAACAUGGAGAGCCGGCCAGUAGAAACAUAUCAGGUGCACGAAUAUCUCAGGAGUAAAUUGUGUUCGCUCUAUGAGAAUGACUGCAUCUUCGACAAGUUUGAGUGCUGUUGGAAUGGGAACGACAGUGUUGUGAUGACCGGCUCCUACAACAACUUCUUCAGGAUGUUUGACAGAGGCUAUCGGCAGGAUGUAACUCUAGAGGCGUCACGGGAGAACAGUAAGCCUCGAUCGGUCCUGAAGCCUCGCAAAGUAAGCACGGGUGGGAAGCGCAAAAAGGAUGAGAUCAGUGUAGACAGUCUGGACUUUAACAAGAAGAUCCUCCACACUGCCUGGCAUCCCCUGGACAACAUAAUCGCCGUGGCCACCACCAACAAUCUGUACAUAUUCCAGGAAAAACUGAACUAGUGUUCGUUAAACCGCUCAGAUCCCAGUUUCUGCUUGAGUCCCACUGCUCUGAUACACACAUACAAAACUAUCUGUCUGUCUUUGGCUAAGUCCCCAAGUCUCGAUCUGAUCCGCCCUUGGUGAUUUUAGUAUUGAAUGUGACAAGACUUACUCUGUCAACAACAAUCAGUGGCAUUAAUACAGUACAUCUAAGCAGGCCAUCACAAGCACAUUUUCCAUGUGUAUUACAAAUAUAAACACGCAGGAUUUGUAAAUCUGAGCCCAGAAUUUGGGAUCUAGUGUCAUGGGUUUUCUCCAUAAGGAGCACUCCGUUCACCAAACUACCAUUUGCAACUCCACUACAUCCCAAACCAAAGGGAAAUGUGUUGAAUACACAUAUUUGGCUAGUUUGUUUCAUCAUUCUUUUGUGCCAUCGUGACAUGAUUCUUCUGUAUGUCAUAGCUAACAAUUGUUGAGUUUUUGUAGCUGCCACGUUUUAUUAGUUUGAAUAGGAAAUUCUUUCUACUGUUUAUACGUCUUUCUGUCAGUUCCCAUGGUACAGGCCUGAAACACUGCUAAUACAAGCUGUCAACACUCCGUAUUUUCCCCAAGUAUUUGUCAAGUUGCCAAGUUCACUCACCACCUCGUUCCUGGUGUACAGUGUGGUUAUGCUGUUAAAGGACUAUUUAGUGUAUAACGUACAUUACUGCUAACCGUUGUUCACUGCGUCCCAAUAUUUAUUAGAUCAAAUUUCAGACUUCAAGGCAGCCACUGGUUUACAUUCAUUUCUUUACAGUGAGAAAGUCGACUUGCUUGAAACUGACUUGACACGUAUUCCAUCACAGUGAACUUUUUGUUGUCUUUGAUUAAGUCAAAGUAAUUGUUCGGUGGUAAUGCAGCUGCAAGCAGGUAACCUCAGUGUUGGACAGUUUACCUGUGGAAUGUUCCAAGCAGGUGUUCUUUUUGUGCAUCCCACACCUUUUUUUUUCUUUUUCAAAUUCAGAAUUAUCAUAUUUCUAUAGAAAUCAAGUCAGGGGAGUCAAGCAUUGGAUAUAUUGUCUUUGUCCUGUUUUCAGUUGAGUAUAUGUCCAAAACCAUCAGCAGAUUAUCACAUUCUGUGUUCUUUCUUUCACACAGCGGCCCAACUUUUUUUAAAAUCAGGCUUGUGAAUUUGUCCUCUAACAGCAUCCGUUAGAGUUUCCUGAUACAGUAGCAGGAGCUUUUGACGAGCUGAAGCUGAAAACCGAAACACUGGAGAGCUCAGCAUCAGGUUUUCAAAACAAUCCCUGGUCUCAGCUGCAUUACCAAAACCUGAACCCUCUGUUUGGUGAGAUGGAUUCCUCGAGCCAGAUUCAAGUCUGUGAGUUGAUUUUCAGUGUGUAUUGAAAUGGCUACAUGUAGGAAAAUGGUCAGCAGUAAUGUAUGUGUAAUUUCUAGUUUUUGGCCAAAAACAUCAAAGUGUCGUCCUUUAACGUGGACGCAAGAAUGGCGUGUGCACACAUUCGUCAGGUAUUGUGGUUUUGGGAGUUGAAUGGGGGCUAAUCAUGCCAAAGUAACCAGUCCUAUACAAAGUUCUGUUCAUUUAAAGCUGUCUUGCAGACAAGCUGCAGACUGGUGGACCACCACAUGAAGCUCAGGACAAAAGCUUGUGUACACGUGGAAGGGCGUGAUGGCGUGAUGUAGCCUCAUUCUCUCGUGGUCGGUGGCACCAAUCGUGAGUGCCGCUGCCAGCUUCCCUACAAAGCCUGUUGCAUUGUCGCAGAUUGAUCGACCGCUUUACUCUCUGGAUCUAGUUUCUGUUUGUAGAGGUUUUUUUUAUGAUGUUUUGUACUGUACCUGAUAAAAUAAGAAUAAUCACUAUAGCUGAUUUAUUUUUGUAUAAAUUAAGGCAUUAGGAUUACAGUCUGAUCACUGUAGUUUCUUUAGCUGUCUGUCUCAGACUGAUUGUAGAUGGGAGGUGACCUGAUUUGGGGGGUCACCUUUUUGUCACGACUUUGGGACAUUUUUAAUUCUGGCAGGUAUUUCUUUAAAAGCUCGAGACUUUUUGUGACAUCGAGGAAGUGUUUUGUUUCUCACGUGGGAUGUCCAAAGAAAAGUAUGUUCAGGUGUCAGUACCUCAGUAGUCAUAAGCACUAUAACAGUUUAUUUUUUUAAUUUGGCUGACUGUAACUGAUGUUUAUAUAAAGCUUAUUUGGAUGCUUCAGAGUCACAUUCUGAGUUGAUUUAGAUCUUAACAGUCUGUUUUUGUGCCAUGGUUUUAUUUUAUGAAUCAUUUUGCUCGCUGUGAAAGAAUACACCCAUGUGGGUCGAAAUGGGAAAGGCAUUUUAAUCAACAUGUAAUGUUAAAACUGUUCAAUCAGGUUCUCCUAAAGCUAGUCUGGUCGGGUGAUGACUUGGCAGAGUUACUGGUUUUGGAUUAUUGUGUGAAAUGUCUCUCUCCUGUGAUGCAGGAGAAUACAGACUUUUUUUAUUUUAAAAAGGAGACUUUGUGAAGCACUUGACCCGCAGACGUUUGUUGUAUGAAAGCAGUUAUUGACGACUUUUGAGAUUCGAGAUAUGAACUCUGCUGUGUCUCUGCUACACUAUGCUUCAGUCACAUGCCGCCAGUUCUCUUCUGGAGCAAACAGGUUGAUUAUCGCUCCGUUUUCCAUUUUAUUACAGUGACAUCAGGGCAGGAGUCUUAUUGUUCCACUGGAUCAUAUUUAUGUGAGUUGAUGUAUCACUCCUACUUUAGAGAACUGAUUUCCAGUCACUUGGAUGCCACCAAAAUAACCACCCAUCUCCACUCAGUGGAGUUAAGCUACUGUUGAGCGUCACUCUCAGGGCUCUGGGUAAUGUCCUCUAGUAAUGAAAGACUUUGCUAAUCUCUUUAUUUUUUUAUUUUGCACCCUUUUGGAAAAGCAACUUUUCUUUAUUGUCUGAUGCGAGAUUGUUUGAGGGCCGUUCAAGUUAAUUGCCUCAUGUCAUGUAAACCUGUAUGAUGUGGCACCUCAAAGACGAUCCAAUCGGCUCGCCGCCAGUCAACGAGGAGCGGCGUCCGUUCAAAAUAUGAGCUCAGUGAUCAGCCCUGUCCUGUCGUUCAUUCGAAGGAAGCACUGUUAAAUCCAACGACCUGUUGGAAGAUGUGAAGAUGUUUGAAAAUCUGUACAGAAGUAGUUCAGAAGUGGCAAGUUUCCUUUUUAAAAACAAAAAAAAAAACAUCCCAUCUGUGCAGACACAG